AUGUAUGCCACUGGUUCCAGGGAACAGUCCCCUGCUUUUGUACAACCUCAGAAUGGAAGCAGUCAUCGCUCACCUGGUUAUGUUCCAGGGAAGGUUGUCCCCCUGCGCCCCCCUCCUCCUCCAAAGAGCCAAGCGCCAGCCAAAUCCACCUCCAUCAGACAAGAAGCCCAGGCAACCUUUGCGUUCUCACCUGAAGAACAGCAAACACAGAGGGACAGGAAGCAGAAGAGACACAAGAAUACUUUCAUCUGCUUUGCUAUAACUAGUUUUUCAUUUUUUGUUGCACUUGCAGUCAUUUUAGGAAUAUCCUCAAAAUAUGCUCCAGAUGAGAACUGCCCAGAUCAAAACCCCCAUCUCAGGAACUGGGAUCCAGGGCAAGAUUCUGCAAAACAAGUUAUCAUCAAGGAGGGUGAUUUGUUCCGUCUGACCUCAGAUGCCACAGUGAAUUCUAUAGUCAUUCAGGAUGGAGGACUGCUUGUAUUUGGGGAUGAUAAAGAUGGAUCCAGAAAUAUUACUCUGAGGACUCGUUACAUCCUGAUCCAGGAUGGUGGGGCGCUUCAUAUUGGAGCAGAAAAAUGCCGCUAUAAAUCCAAAGUGACAAUUGCUUUGUAUGGCAAGUCAGAUGAAGGUGAAAGUAUGCCAACAUUUGGCAAAAAGUUUAUUGGUGUAGAAGCUGGUGGGACACUGGAGUUACAUGGGGCCCGGAAGACAUCUUGGACGUUGUUGGCGAGGACUCUGAACUCCUCAGGCUUGCCCUUUGGGUCCUAUACCUUUGAGAAGGACUUUUCCCGGGGUCUCAAUGUGAGGGUCAUUGACCAAGACACAGCCAAAAUUUUAGAAAGUGUGAAGUUUGAUACUCACGAGUACCAAAAUGAGAGUCGGAAACUUCAGGAAUUUCUGAGAGUCCAGGAUCCAGGACGAAUUGUUGCCAUAGCUGUCGGAGAUUCAGCAGUCAAGAACCUCUUACAAGGAACUAUCCAGAUGAUCCAGGAUCGAUUGGGAAGUAAGCUGAUCCAAGGACUGGGCUACAGGCAACCUUGGGCUUUAGUUGGUGUCAUUGAUGGCGGAAGUGCUUCUUGCAAUGAAUCUGUGAGAUACUAUGAAAACCAUAGUAGUGGUGGGAAGGCUCUUGCUCAAAGAGAAUUUUAUACUGUGGAUGGUCAGAAGUUCUCCGUGACAGCUUACAGUGAAUGGGACAAAGGGGUUUCUCUGUCAGGUUUCCGGGUGGAGAUUGUGGAUGGAGUGAAGUUGCAUCUGCUGGAUGAUGUUUGUAGUUGGCAGCCUGGAGACCGGAUUGUGGUUGCAAGCACAGACUAUUCUAUGUACCAAGCCGAGGAGUUCACUCUUCUCCCCUGUCCUGAGUGUAGCUGUUUUCAGGUCAAGGUGAAAGAAACUCCUCAGUUCCUGCACAUGGGAGAGAUCAUAGAUGGGGUAGACAUGAGAGCAGAGGUUGGAAUUCUCACCCGGAAUAUUGUGAUCCAAGGAGAAAUGGAGGACUCCUGUUAUGCUGAAAAUCAGUGCCAGUUUUUUGAUUAUGAUACCUUUGGUGGUCAUAUCAUGAUAAGGAAAAAUUUUACUUCAGUCCAUCUUUCUUAUGUGGAAUUGAAACACAUGGGUCAGCAGCACCUGGGGCGGUACCCUGUGCAUUUUCACCUGUGUGGAGACGUGGAUUCUAGAGGGGGGUACAGACACCCAACAUUUGUGGAUGGCCUGUCUAUUCAUCACAGCUUCUCGAGGUGCAUCACAGUGCAUGGGACUGAUGGCUUGCUGAUAAAAGAUACCAUUGGAUUCGACACACUAGGUCACUGUUUCUUUUUGGAAGAUGGUGUUGAACAAAGGAAUACUUUGUUCCAUAAUCUUGGGCUGCUCACCAAGCCAGGCAUUCUCCUCCCCACGGAUAGGAACAACUCCAUGUGCACCACCAUACGAGACAAAGUAUUUGGAAAUUAUGUCCCUGUGCCUGCCACUGACUGUAUGGCAAUUUCAACUUUCUGGAUUGCUCAUCCCAACAAUAAUCUGAUUAAUAAUGCAGCUGCAGGCUCACAGGAUGCAGGAAUAUGGUAUUUAUUCCACAAAGAGCCUACAGGGGAAUCCAGUGGAUUACAGCUCUUAGCAAAACCAGAGCUCACUCCACUGGGUAUAUUUUAUAACAACAGAGUCCAUUCAAGUUUUAAGGCUGGCUUGUUUAUUGACAAAGGUGUCAAAACCACCAACUCCAGUGCCACCGACCCAAGAGAAUACCUCUGCUUGGAUAACAGUGCAAGAUUUCGGCCUCAUCGGGAUGCAGACCCUGAGAAACCCCGUGUUGCUGCUGUAAUCGACAGGCUGAUUGCUUUUAAAAAUAAUGACCAUGGGGCCUGGAUCAGAGGAGGAGAUAUUAUUGUUCAGAACUCAGCAUUUGCAGAUAAUGGAAUAGGACUGACCUUUGCCAGUGAUGGAAGCUUCCCAAGUGAUGAAGGUUCUAGCCAGGAAGUGUCUGAAUCUCUCUUUGUUGGGGAGAGCAGGAAUUACGGCUUCCAUGGCGGUCAGAAUAAGUAUAUGGGCAUUGGAGGAAUAGACCAGAAACCUCGCACAUUACCUAGGAACAGGACAUUCCCAAUUAGAGGCUUUCAGAUAUAUGAUGGGCCCAUUCAUCUCACCAGGAGCACUUUCAAAAAAUACGUGCCAACUCCAGAUAGAUACAGCAGUGCGAUUGGCUUCCUAAUGAAGAAUACCUGGCAGAUAACCCCCAGGAAUAACAUUUCCCUGGUGAAGUUUGGACCACAUGUUUCUUUGAAUGUCUUUUUUGGAAAGCCUGGUCCUUGGUUUGAAGAUUGUGAGCUGGAUGGUGAUAAGAAUUCCAUAUUCCAUGACGUUGAUGGUUCUGUAACGGGAUACCAGGAUGCUUACGUGGGCAGAAUGGACAACUACCUGAUCCGCCAUCCGAGCUGUAUCAAUGUCACCAAGUGGAACGCAGUGAUCUGCAGUGGCACUUACGCCCAGGUGUAUGUACAGACAUGGAGCACUCAGAAUCUUACUAUGACCAUCGUGCGAGAUGAGUAUCCAUCCCAUUGGAUGGUGCUCCGGGGUAUUAACCAAAGGGCCGCCUUUCCGCAGUACCAGCCUGUGAUCAUGCUGGAGAAGGGCUAUACCAUCCACUGGAAUGGGCCGGCGCCCCGGAUUACUUUCCUGUACCUCGUAAACUUCAACAAGAAUGACUGGAUUCGAGUUGGCCUCUGCUAUCCAUCAAAUACAACCUUUCAGGUUACCUUUGGCUUUCUGCAGCGACAGAAUGGCUCCUUAUCCAAAAGUGAAGACUACGAGCCCGUGCAUUCGCUGGAAGAACUGCAGAGAAAGCAGGAUGAGAGGAAAUUCUAUUUUGACUCCAGCACAGGGUUAUUGUUUCUGUAUCUCAAAGCCAAAAGCCACAGGGAAGGCCACAGUUACUGUUCAUCUCAGGGAUGUGAAAGAGUCAAGAUCCAGGCAACAACAGACUCAAAAGACAUCAGUAACUGCAUGGCCAAGGCAUAUCCACAGUAUUACAAGAAGCCAUCUGCGGUCAAGCGCAUGCCCGCCAUGGUCAAAGGACUCUGCCGAGGCUGUGGUACCCAUCAGGUGGUGUUUACCAGUGAUCCUCACAAGAGCUACCUCCCUGUGCAGUUCCAGUCACCUAGUAAAGCAGAAACUCAGCGUGGAGAACUGUCUGUCGUUUCUGUCAAUGGCACCGACUUCACCUUCCAAAGUGCAGGCAUCCUCCUCCUCAUCGUAGAUGCGUGCAGUGUUCCCUUCCAGUUGACAGAAAAAAAGUUUUUCCCUCCUGCUGAUGUUGAUGGUAUGAAAGAAUAUUUGAAAACAAGCAUCCCUCCAAGGUCAAUAGUUCUGUUAAGUACAAGAGAAGAAAUAAAGCAGUUGAAUAUUUCAGAUUCAUUAAUACCUCUGGGAUUAGCCAAACCAGCUCAUCUUUAUAACAAAGGGAGCAUCAUUUUUUUGGGAUUCAGAGGAAACUUUAAACCAUCAUGGACUAAACUGUUUACCAGUCCUGCUGGACAGGGCCUUGGAGUGUUUGAACAGUUCAUACCUUUGCAGCUGGAUGACUAUGGAUGUCCCCGAACCAGCCGUGUCCAUAGAAGAGACCUGGAACUGUUAAAGCAAGCUUCUAAAGCGCUUUAGGGACUGAUUGUAACUUAAGUGCUAGGAAAAGAAAUGUGAACUAACUUAUUUAAUUUAUGGCAUUUUAAAAUGACACUGUUAACCUAAUAGAACCAUUUUCCUGUCUGAUACAAAAGGGAGAAAAGAAAGAGUUCAAAGAGAUUGCUUGAGUACCAGCUCACGCACCUUCUAGUUAUACAAACAUUAGAGAAUUUGUCUUUGUAAGGCUGGUGUCUUUAGAGAGAAACUCUCUUGUUCCUUACCCGGUGCCUCAGGAUGUGGUAAUGACCAUCCAUCAGCAGGGUUUGACUUUUGGUAAAAUGGGAUGUGCUACGGUGGGCUGGCAGCUUCUAAGAGUUCACUUGGGCUCUGUAGAGAACCAGCAUCUUGGAUACUUGAAGUCUGACCCUCAGUUGUGUCCUGUGGCAGGUGACGGGUGGCUGGGAUGUUUGGCAAUGCCUGGGGCCCUGUUUCUGGGCAACUGUGGUGGAUUUUUCUAUGAUCCUCAUUGACAGUUUUAAGUGGCAUCUCAGGCCCAGCUCAUGCCCAUUUUUGCCUGGACAUGUGCUAUUUUUAUUCAUUUGUAUAUUGAUUACUUCUAAGGGUUCCUCUUUCAAACAGGAAGUACAUUGGGGCAAAAGGGCUUUUAGGGAUUAGAAAUCCCUUUCAUUUGUGACUGUUGGGCAAAAAUUUGACCUGCAUCAAGGUCUGAGAUUGUUGGGACCAUUUUGGAGCUUUAAUCCUUAGCCUGUCUUGACUGUAUAUUUGUGUUUAAAAUGCAGAGCUGAGCUGAACAUUUACUUUAUUUUUAUUUUUUAAAAGCAGGCCGUUUUCCUGAACUCUAAACUUGUAUUGUUUUAACUUGCACAGAGGAAGUCUGUUCUUCAUGUUGCUCUUGUACCUGGAUUUUUUUGUUGUUUUCAUGUGUGUGGGUUUUUAAAAAAGAUUCUCCACUUACCAUCCUGCCGGGAAAAUCCUGGAAAGCUUAAUGAUAAUCCAAAAUGAUUGUACCUAGGGUGGGAAGAAGUAUCCUUUUAAGGACCAGAAUCAUGGAGGGAAUAUUGAGAAAUUAAUCCUUUCUAGCCUUAAAGGAGUGGAGUCACUCUUAAUUAAAUUGUUGAGGACAAUUAAGAGCACAGUGAUGCCUGAUUUCCCUUUCCACUGGAAUCCCUGGUCUCCUGCCAGUGAGGAUUGCAUUUAUCAAAGGAGAUGGGUACCACAGCCUGGGAUGCUCCCCUCUCCCUAAGAGGAAAGAUGCAUCAGAAUGCCUUUGCAUUUUUAUAAACCCACAAGGCACCAAUCUGGUGAGGGGAAGGCCAAGUGUGUUUGGGCUGCUGACACUGGCAGUGAGUGAGUACAGACAAAUUUACUUUCUUUACCAUGUGCCAAGCUGAUGGCUUGUACCUUUGUGUCCAGGAGAAACUACAGACCAGCUCUGCGACUUCUUACUUUACAAAAUGUGCUACCUCAAACUGCUGCCAAUAAAAACCAUUCUGACUGUAAGUGCUCACCCGAAGGGCACGUGUCUUAAAAGUUUGGUUAGUUUUUUUGGGUGUGGGAUUUUUUGUUUUUAUUUUUUUGUACAGUAAUGAAUGAGAUCUUACCUAUUAAAUACAUAAUUGUGUCAUGGUUCCUAAAGGUGAUUAAAGUUUGUGUGUGUGUUUUAUGACAAAUAUC